AUGGACGGGACGACGCGCGCGUGCGAGGACUCGGAGACGCGCGGCGGUGGGCGGGCGAGCGAGGCGGCGGCGGCGGUGGGCGCGGGAGGGCGCGAUGGCGGCGCGAGCGAGGCGCGGACGGCGGCGAAGGCGGAUGGGCGGGACGGCGCGGGCGCGAGCGCGAGCGCGGCGUACAGUCGGAAGGAUAAAUCGCUCGGCGUGCUGUGCGAGAACUUUUUGGCGCUGUAUGGGAACGGGGAGGUGGAGAGCGUGAGUCUGGACGAGGCGACGGAGAAGCUCGGGGUGGCGCGACGGAGGAUUUACGACAUCGUGAACGUGUUGGAGAGCAUCGACGUGAUGGCGCGCAAGGCGAAGAAUCAAUAUUCGUGGCACGGCGUGCGACGGUUGCCGGAGAGUUUGAAGCGCUUGAAACAGGCGGGGUUGAAAGAAUUCGGGGCGAACUUUGAAAUUAGCGGCGCGAAUGGAAGCGAGGAGAAUAGUAACGACGACAGCGCGGCGUCGCGCGAAGGUGAAGAAGAAAAGGACGUCGGCGGCGACGAACAUAACCAACAAAAUAUUGAUUCCGAUCGAAGCUCGCCUACGACGACGACGACGGCGACGACGACGACCGCGGUGCUACACUUUGAUUCACGUAACGAUUCUGUGCGUAACAAGGCCCCGUUCGCGGGGCAGGAAAGAUUCGCGGGGCCGUGCGCGCAAGGCGACGACGGCCGCCGCGAGAAGAGUCUGGUAUUGUUGUCGCAAAAGUUUGUUCAGCUAUUCCUGGCGUCGUCGCUGAACGUCGUGAGUUUGGACACAGCGGCGCGACUUCUUCUAGAUGACGCACACGACGACGCAAAGUUGAAGACUAAGAUUCGUCGCCUGUACGACAUCGCCAACAUCUUGUGCUCUUUGCAUUUGAUUCGAAAAGUGCACCUUGCUGAUUCGAGGAAGCCGGCGUUUCUUUGGCUGAGCCGAGAAAACUCUACCGCGGACCUCAUCGCGCAAGGUAAAGGCUUGCAAUGGUUUAGUAAACUCGAUGAAGAUGGCAAGCCGCUCCCGAUGGCUUCGUCGAAGUUUGGGCCGGCCAUGCGUCCGCAAACAACCUCGACGACGAAGAAUCCGACGACGAAUCAGCGCAAGCGAGCGGCGAACAAGGAUUCGAACAGUGCCGAGGCCAAGCGCCCGCGCGGACGACCUAGAUUGCCCGGUGGCAACGCACAAAUGUCGCUAACUCCAGACAACGUGGCACAGCUCAAUCAUUUAUUCGCGUUCACCACCGCCCAGCUCGCGGCGCGAUAUCCCUUGGAUGUGAACGCCGACUUGAACAGUGUCAUCGCGCAGAGAACGAUAGGCAACACCAAUUUCCUUCAUCGUCUCGCGCAAGCGUCGAUGGCGCAAGCACAAGCAGCACACCACUUGAUGAGCUCAUCUCCCGCGCAACCGCCACAGUAUGAAACGUCCAAGCUGCCAACGUUAGAAGGAGCCGGCGGCGAUUUGUCGCCGCCGACGUUGCCACCUUUUAGCACCAUAAUGCCAGCGUGGGGCAUGUCGGGUAUGUCCUACCAGAAUAAUCAAAUGCACGAUAUGAUGCGACUGUACGAAAAUUCAAUGAAUGCUUGGCAAAAUGGCAACACGCAGCAGCAAAAUGUGCGAGAAUGA